UUUGUCGCCGCCUCGAAUGAGGAAAUAGCUGCAGUACUAGAGAUUGCAGAACAUUUGAGCUGUAUUUGUUGUUGAUCUCCAUAACGUUCGAGUGCAGACGACAACAUCAAAUGGCAGCCUGCAGACUGGUUCAACGUUCCCGAGGCACUUUAAAUAAUCACCGUCCUUUCGGUCAAUUCGAAAGACUAUGUUCGACGAAAACGUACGAUGUCUCUUCAGCGGAUUACCAGUACCUCCAACGCAGCAUUGUGCCUACCAUGCACUUUCAAAAGUCGCUGCCGAGAUUGCCGAUUCCGGAACUUGAAAAAACCUGUCAGCGGUACCUCGCUGCUCUGCAGCCUAUUCUUAACGCUGACGAGUAUGAGAGAUCCCAGAAAGUCGUGGAUAAGUUCCGGAAAGGCGAAGCUCUGGAACUGAACAAGAUGUUGAUAGCGAAAGACAAGGCUAACACACACACAAGUUAUAUCUCUGGGCCCUGGUUCGACAUGUACCUGAAGUCUAGGGUGCCACUUCCGCUCAAUUACAACCCAUUUAUGGCUCUAAAAGAUGAUCCUAGGUCAGGAUACAAUGACCAACUGAUACGUGCAACCAACCUUGUGGUGUCUUCACUGCGUUUCAUGCGUUCUCUAAAGGCGGGCGUACUGGAACCUGUUGUCUAUCAUUUGGACCCGAAAAAGUCGGACACAAAGGCUUACAGGAGGAUGAUGAGGCUACUUCCGCAGAAAGUGUCUUGGUACGGUAGCUACCUCUACAAGGCGUUCCCGCUGGACAUGAGCCAGUUCCAGAACCUCUUCUGCAGCACUCGAAUACCAAAUCCUGGUCGCGACCAGCUCUUUUGUGACCCUGACGCCAAGCACCUGGUUGUUCUCUACAGGGGACACGUCUAUACAGUACAGGUGCUCGACAAUAAUGGAAACGUCGUCUCGCCGGACCAUGUCCACUCCUGUCUCGCCUACAUACUGUCUGACAAGAGCCCGCCUCCUGCCACACCAGUUCCAGCACUGACUUCGGAGAAUCGGGAUCAGUGGGCCAAGGUUCGAGCUGAGUUAGAAGCGCAGGGUAAUGCUGAUGCGCUGCGGAAAAUAGACAGCGCCAUAUUUGCUCUAGUCCUCGAUGAGCAGAGUUUCAAGUCCGACAACCUCGAAGACUUGGCGCAUAACUUCCUGCACGGUCCCGUAACUAAUAGGUGGUUUGACAAGUCCUUUUCGCUGAUCAUCACAAAGAGUGGCCAGGCUGCCCUGAAUUUCGAACACUCUUGGGGCGACGGUGUGGCGGUUCUGCGCUACUUCAACGAUCUCUUCAGCGAUUCGACGCAGCACAGUUUCGUCUCUCCAGGUGAAAAGCCCAGUGGAGCCAUUCAAGCUUCUGAUUUUGUACAGAGAAUAGAGUUCAGCACCAACCCGUCGAUAGCGUCGAGCGUGGAGAAGGCACUGCAGAACUACCAGAAGGCAACGAGUCCCCUGCGUAUAACGCCCUUCCUGUACCCCGCAGUGUCGAGGGAUUUUAUCAAGCAAAAAAACUUGAGUCCCGAUUCAAUAACGCAGCUAGUUUUUCAAUUGGCAUUCUUCCUGCAGUACGGCUUCACGCCGGCUACGUACGAGGCUUGUAGCACGUCUGCAUUCCGACACGGCCGCACAGAAACCGUCAGGGCGGCAACCAUGGCCACCAAGCGGUGCGUGGAAGCAUUUUGUGAGCCCGGAAAACUCAGUCCGAGCCGCGCCAGGGCCCUGAUCGAUGAGUGCACGAAAGUUCACAACCAGCUAACGAAGGAAGCCGCAAUGGGCCAGGGCUUCGACAGACACCUCUUUGCACUGCGGGUGAUGGCUGAGGAAAGAGGGGGGCAACUUCCCGAGCUGUAUCGUGACCCAGGCUAUGUCAAGGCCAAUCACUUCAUCGUCUCAACCUCAACCCUGUACGGAACUUCAUUCAGCGGAGGAGGAUUCGCUCCGGUGGUUCCGGAUGGCUACGGGCUCAGUUACGGCAUGCCGGAGGGCUACUUUGCUGUCGGGAUCUCUUCGUACCAUCCUCACAGGGACGGUCAAGGAUUGAGGGAUUGCAUGAAGGAAGCGCUGGACCGUAUUUGCAGUGUCCUCCUCGCUGAAGGAAGACAAUAGGAUAUAUAAAGUGGUGAUAAGGUUUCAAUUAUUGGGACCAUUUUUAUGGUGAUAUUACUUAAUUUUUUGUCGUUAUUAAUUUUGAUUUAAUAAUAUGGGGACUUACUGAUACUGCUGGCAGUAUUGAUGAAUAGAUCAUAAUCAUCAUCCUCUGUUUUUCCUUGAUCAAAGAUUUGUAUUAAAAUUUUUCCCACACAAUAUAUAUUUUCUACUGCA